UUCUGGGUUAGUGGAUGGAGAGUGUUCCUUCGUUAGUGCGCCGGGUCUGUGUUUCUAGUUUAGAAGAGGAGCAGGGCGACGUGGUCCUCUCCCGCGCUUGUCCGGAGGUUUCGGGAUGUCUACGAUUCCUGCGGAAGAGAGCGACCAGCUUCUGAUCCGACCCCUUGGAGCUGGACAAGAAGUAGGAAGAUCAUGUAUUAUUCUGGAAUUCAAAGGAAGGAAAAUAAUGCUGGACUGUGGGAUCCACCCUGGCCUAGAAGGAAUGGAUGCUCUUCCUUAUAUCGACUUGAUUGACCCAGCUGAGAUUGAUCUCCUGUUAAUUAGUCACUUCCACUUGGAUCACUGUGGAGCUUUGCCCUGGUUUCUCCAGAAGACAAGUUUCAAAGGAAGAACGUUUAUGACUCAUGCUACAAAGGCCAUUUAUAGAUGGCUUCUCUCAGAUUAUGUUAAAGUGAGUAACAUUUCAGCAGAUGACAUGCUGUACACUGAAACAGACUUGGAAGAAAGCAUGGACAAAAUCGAAACUAUCAACUUUCACGAGGUCAAGGAAGUUGCAGGAAUCAAGUUUUGGUGUUACCACGCAGGCCACGUCCUGGGAGCGGCCAUGUUUAUGAUUGAGAUCGCGGGAGUAAAGCUUUUGUAUACAGGUGAUUUCUCAAGGCAAGAAGAUAGACACCUAAUGGCAGCUGAAAUUCCUAAUAUUAAGCCAGACAUUCUCAUCAUUGAGUCUACUUAUGGGACUCACAUCCAUGAGAAGCGUGAAGAGCGAGAGGCAAGAUUCUGCAACACUGUCCAUGACAUCGUCAACAGAGGUGGCAGAGGACUCAUUCCUGUCUUUGCUCUUGGAAGGGCUCAGGAGCUGCUCUUGAUUCUAGACGAGUACUGGCAGAACCACCCGGAGCUGCACGACAUCCCCAUAUACUACGCGUCCUCUUUGGCCAAGAAGUGCAUGGCCGUGUACCAGACAUAUGUGAACGCCAUGAACGACAAGAUCAGAAAGCAGAUCAGCAUCAACAAUCCCUUCGUCUUCAAACACAUCAGCAACCUCAAGAGCAUGGACCAUUUUGAUGACAUUGGUCCCAGUGUGGUCAUGGCCUCGCCAGGCAUGAUUCAAAAUGGCUUGUCCAGAGAGUUGUUUGAAAGCUGGUGUACUGACAAGAGGAAUGGCGUCAUUAUAGCUGGGUACUGUGUGGAAGGGACACUUGCCAAGCAUAUCAUGUCUGAACCUGAAGAAAUCACUACCAUGUCUGGACAGAAGCUACCACUGAAAAUGUCUGUUGAUUACAUUUCUUUCUCUGCUCACACAGAUUACCAACAAACCAGUGAAUUUAUCCGUGCUUUGAAACCGCCUCAUGUGAUCCUGGUCCAUGGCGAGCAGAAUGAAAUGGCGCGGCUGAAAGCGGCGCUGAUCCGAGAGUACGAGGACAACGACGAGGUGCACAUAGAGGUGCACAACCCCCGCAACACGGAGGCCGUGACGCUCAACUUCAGAGGAGAAAAGCUCGCCAAGGUCAUGGGCUUUUUAGCAGACAAAAAACCAGAACAAGGCCAGCGGGUAUCUGGAAUACUUGUUAAAAGGAACUUUAAUUAUCACAUACUUUCUCCUUGUGACUUAUCCAAUUACACUGACCUAGCCAUGAGCACCGUGAAGCAGACGCAGGCCAUUCCGUAUACGGGGCCCUUCAACUUGCUCUUCUACCAGCUGCAGAAAUUGACAGGUGAUGUCGAAGAAAUAGAAAUUCAAGAAAAACCUGCUCUCAAAGUGUUCAAAAAUAUUACUGUAAUACAGGAACCGGGCAUGGUGGUAUUAGAAUGGCUGGCAAACCCUUCUAACGACAUGUAUGCAGACACAGUGACAACCGUGAUACUAGAAGUUCAGUCCAACCCAAAAAUCAGGAAAGGUGCAGUGCAAAAAUUUUCUAAAAAAUUGGAAAUGCACGUUUACAGCAAGAGGUUGGAGGUCAUGCUUCAGGACAUAUUUGGAGAAGACUGUGUAAGUGUAAAAGAUGAAUCUAUGCUCAGUGUCACAGUGGAUGGGAAAACGGCUAAUAUUAACUUGGAGACAAGGCUUGUAGAGUGUGAAGAAGGAAGUGAAGAUGAGGGAUCCCUCCGAGAAAUGGUGGAACUGGCUGCGCAAAGACUGUACGAGGCACUCACACCAGUUUACUGACACACUUCCCUCUGUGCAUGUUAAAACUUUUGAUACUUGACUCCCGUUACUUUAAAUAAAAUGCUUUAGUUUCUC